AAAAGGAACAGCAUGCACACAGAGGCACUGACCUCUGCUAGCCAGGGUGUCCUUAGUGAACUGGGCCUCCCUUCAGUCUCUGAACAGUGGGCACUUGGAGCUCAGAAGGAAGUGUCUCACCUUUAAUUGUGUAUAUACAUAUAUUUAGCUCUGAGAGUAGACUGUAGAGGAGCAGCUUGGUAAGAUUGUUUACACACACACACUCCUUGGCUCAGUUUGGCAGCAGAACUACAGGGAGACUUUCUAGACAGGCUGUGAGUGUGCAAGAGUGAGGGUCAGUCACACUGAGCUGAUGUCCGGAUGGAACCCUGGCUGGUGAUGCUACUGCUCUUUCAGGCAGUUUGGAAUGAUGUUCUUGGGAAGACCCAUGAUCUGCACAAAAGAGGACUCCUUGAAUUAUCUGGAGCCAUAAAAUGUGGCACAAGACGAUUUCCUUUGGCAUAUUUAGGUUAUGGAUGCUACUGUGGCCCAGGAGGAAGAGGCUGGCCAAAGGAUGAAACAGACUGGUGCUGCCAUGGACAUGACUGCUGUUAUGGCUUCGCACAGGAGCAAGGCUGUAACCCCAUAAUUCGUAGAUAUAAGUGGACCUGUAAUGACAAUACUGUGGUAUGUGAUGCAAUGUUAGACAGAUGUCAAAACAUACUGUGCCAGUGUGACAAAGAAGCGGCCAAAUGUUGGAGAUCUGCCCCUUUUAACCGACACUAUGCCUUCUUUCCAAAUUUUCUGUGCAGCCAAACUUAUCCUGUAUGCAGUUAUAGGAAAUAUAGGCAUUAAGAGGGGUUUUUUAAUGGAACCUUUCAGUUGUCUCUCAGCUUUAUGCUCUCUAAUAUACUUUGUAUGUCAUCCAUCUAGUUCUAGUCCAAUGAAAAUAGCAGCUUCUGAAUUGCGUGUGUAUCUUUAGCAUUCUUGAAAUUACAAAUCAAACAAUGACCCCUACACCUGUUGCCUGACCAGAGUCCUAGGCUUCUUCUAAUAUAAUGUCACUGAAAAUGUGCACUACAGAAGAGGUUUUCAAAUGCCACACUCAGAUCUUUUUAAAAAGUGGUAUACACAGUCAAUUCGCAUAACUGCAGUGCAUUAAAUUGGUCACUUUUAAAUCCACACGUAACUGUGCAGUUGUUGCAAAACACAUGGUGCAUAUAGACCAUGACUCAGCCCACUUUAGAAAGACAUUGUGAAGGCAUGCCAAGUUGCAAUCCACCCUCAUGAUACAUAGUUCUUUCUGUGCUCAAAAAAGGAGGAACAAAUAGUAGAUGGAUGGGUACACAAUAGGCACGUUAACUGGUUUUACAUCAAAAGAGUCCCCAUACUAACUUGACCUUGAGAGGAGAGGAUACUGUACUGUGGCUGGUUAUGAAUUAAUUUCUCCAAGGAGGAUGCUUUCAAAGAUCCAAAUAGGCUGCCUUGAAAAAAAAUGGCCACAGGGCCCCUCCAGACUGUCAGACUGUAGUUUGUGGGAGGGAUCCAAGUGCAUACCAGAACUUUAGGUUUGUGCAAUUAAACUGGAUUAUAGUGCUCCGUGGCGCAGAGUGGUAAGCGGCGGUAACGCAGCCGAAGCUCUGCUCACGGCCGGAGUUCGAUUCCAGCGGAAGGAGGAAGUUGAAUCUCCGGUAAAAGGGGUCGAGGGCCACUCAGCCUUCCAUCCAUCCGUGGUCGGUAAAAUGAGUACCUGGCAUAUGCUGGGGGGUAAAGAAAGGCUGGGGAAGGAACUGGCAAUCCCACCCCAUAUAUACAGUCUGCCUAGUAAACAUCACAAGACGUCACCCUAAGAGUCGGAAACGACUCGCACUAUAAGUGCGGGGACACCUUUACCUUUAUAGUGGUCUGUCGUCCUAGUGCAAUAAAUUCAUUUUGCAAAAGAAAUAGACUUUUUCUAAUUUGGUAAUUGACAGGGAAAUAUAUUGAAAAAUGGGAAAUGAAUGAAUGAUCAACAGGACGAUAUAGAAAUACUCCGCAAGCAAAUCAGGAUGAAUGUUCACUGUCAUAUAACCACACUGUUAACAAAUCAGAACAAAUAUUCAAUAAAGACUGGAUAUAAUCUAACCUCUGUAUAAGCUUUGUACAAGCAAAUCAGGAUGAAUGCUCAGUAAAUGUCAUCUGGAGAGGCCCAAAUGAUGAGUACUACUCAAAUCCAUAACCAUGGAUUCUUCAGUCCAUGCUCGCCUUGUCACUCCAUAUGAAUGACAGGCACUGG